AACGGUGCUUGAUGAGCGCCCUUUCUGGUCUCUUGUUGCCGGCGGGAGGUGGAUUCUGAAACUGGGUCUCUGCAGAGAGCAGGGGACAGGGCGGCAGCUGUGCAGCUACAUUAAGAAUCAACUAGAGUCAUGUGACUAGGCUCGGAACGGAAUAUGAGUUAUAAUUACAAUUUAAGUGGGGAAGUGGAUUGCAUGUUCUAAAUACCUGAACUGGAAACAAACUUCUUGAUUUACCUUCAAGAAAAUUGGGGAUUCGGAAGGUCGGGAGCUCGUAUGAACAUGGCGAACCUGCUGAAAACAGUGGUCACUGGCUGUUCGUGUCCUUUACUUAGCGGUUUUGGGUCCUGUAAGGUUCUACCUGGGAAGAAGGAGUUUUUACGAACAUUUCAUACUCAUCAGGCGCUGUGGAAUAAAUCCCCUGUAAAUCAAGGAAUUCCAUAUAAGCAACUGACCGUGGGAGUCCCCAAGGAGAUUUUCCAAAAUGAGAAGCGAGUGGCCCUGUCCCCUGCCGGCGUCCAGGCCCUGGUCAAGCAGGGCUUCAAUGUCGUUGUGGAGUCGGGGGCCGGUGAGGCGUCCAAGUUCUCAGACGAUCACUACAGAGCAGCCGGCGCCCAGAUCCAGGGGACCAAGGAAGUGCUGGCCUCUGAUUUGGUGGUCAAAGUGCGAGCCCCCAUGCUCAAUCCAGAAUUAAAUGCUCAUGAAGCAGACCUUUUAAAGAGCUCGGGAACGCUGAUUAGCUUUAUUUAUCCGGCCCAGAAUCCAGACUUGCUAGACAAACUUUCUAAAAGGAAAACCACCGUUCUAGCGAUGGACCAGGUCCCAAGAGUCACGAUUGCGCAGGGGUACGACGCGCUGAGCUCCAUGGCCAACAUCGCCGGUUAUAAGGCUGUUGUACUGGCAGCAAAUCAUUUCGGACGUUUUUUUACCGGUCAGAUCACAGCUGCAGGGAAAGUCCCUCCGGCGAAGAUCCUGAUAAUCGGCGGGGGUGUUGCCGGGCUCGCCUCUGCCGGGGCAGCCAAGUCGAUGGGGGCGAUUGUGCGAGGGUUCGACACGAGAGCUGCAGCUUUGGAGCAGUUCAAGUCUCUGGGUGCCGAGCCCUUAGAGGUGGACGUGAAGGAAUCUGGUGAGGGACAAGGAGGAUACGCCAAAGAGAUGUCCAAGGAGUUCAUCGAGGCUGAAAUGAAGCUGUUUGCUCAGCAGUGCAAGGAGGUGGACAUUCUCAUCAGUACCGCCCUCAUUCCAGGUAAAAAAGCUCCCGUCUUAUUCAGUAGAGAAAUGAUCGAGUCGAUGAAGGAAGGCUCUGUUGUCGUGGACUUGGCUGCCGAGGCUGGCGGCAACUUCGAGACCACGAGGCCAGGGGAACUGUAUAUUCAUAAGGGCAUUACACACAUAGGCUACACAGACCUCCCCAGCCGCAUGGCCACGCAGGCCAGCACCCUGUAUUCCAACAACAUCACCAAGCUCCUGAAGGCCAUCAGCCCUGACAAAGAUAACUUUUAUUUUGAAGUGAAAGAUGACUUCGACUUUGGUACAAUGGGCCAUGUCAUUAGAGGGACUGUGGUGAUGAAGGAUGGCAAAGUGAUUUUCCCUGCUCCCACACCCAAAAAUAUUCCUCAAGGUGCCCCAGCGAAGCCCAAGACGGUGGCUGAGCUGGAAGCCGAAAAGGCGGCGUCCGUGACUCCCUUCAGGAAAACGAUGACCACGGCUUCCGCCUACACGGCAGGGCUCACGGGGGUCCUGGGCUUGGGCCUUGCUGCUCCCAAUUUGGCCUUCUCCCAGAUGGUGACCACCUUUGGCUUGGCCGGCAUCGUGGGCUACCACACCGUCUGGGGAGUGACCCCCGCCCUCCACUCACCGCUGAUGUCUGUGACCAAUGCAAUCUCAGGGCUGACUGCAGUUGGCGGGCUGGCGCUGAUGGGAGGACACUUGUACCCUUCCACGACUGCUCAGGGCCUCGCUGCUCUUGCCACGUUCAUAUCCUCGGUCAACAUUGCAGGUGGCUUUCUGGUGACUCAGAGAAUGCUGGACAUGUUCAAGCGCCCCACGGAUCCCCCAGAAUACAAUUACCUGUAUCUGCUCCCCGCUGGCACCUUUGUGGGAGGAUAUUUAGCUGCCCUCUCCAGUGGUUAUAACAUUGAACAAAUCAUGUACCUGGGCUCAGGCCUGUGCUGUGUUGGUGCCCUGGCCGGCCUUUCCACCCAGGGAACUGCUCGUCUUGGCAAUGCCUUGGGCAUGAUUGGUGUGGCUGGAGGCCUGGCAGCCACGCUGGGCGGCCUGAACCCGAGCCCCGAAUUGUUGGCCCAGAUGUCCGGAGCGAUGGCUUUGGGCGGCACCAUGGGACUGACGAUCGCCAAACGCAUCCAGAUUUCCGACUUACCUCAGUUAGUGGCUGCCUUCCACAGCUUGGUGGGCUUGGCGGCCGUGCUGACCUGCAUAGCCGAGUACAUUGUGGAGUACCCACAUUUCGCCACGGACGCGGCAGCGAACCUCACCAAGAUCGUGGCCUACCUCGGGACCUACAUCGGCGGGGUCACAUUCAGUGGGUCUCUCAUUGCCUACGGAAAAUUGCAGGGGAUCCUGAACUCCGCGCCCCUGCUGCUGCCCGGGAGACACAUGCUGAACGCCGGCCUGCUGGCCACCAGCGUGGGCGGGAUCAUCCCGUUCAUGCUGGACCCCAGCUUCACCACCGGCAUCCUCUGCCUGGGCUCCGUGUCGGCGCUCUCCUCCGUCAUGGGCGUGACUCUGACGGCCGCCAUCGGGGGUGCAGACAUGCCUGUGGUCAUCACGGUGCUGAACAGCUACUCUGGCUGGGCCCUGUGCGCUGAGGGCUUCCUGCUCAACAACAACCUGCUGACCAUCGUGGGCGCGCUCAUCGGCUCCUCUGGUGCCAUCCUCUCCUACAUCAUGUGUGUGGCUAUGAAUCGCUCCCUGGCCAAUGUGAUUCUCGGUGGCUACGGCACCACGUCGACAGCUGGUGGAAAACCUAUGGAAAUUACUGGAACACAUACAGAAAUCAACCUCGACAAUGCAGUUGACAUGAUUCGAGAAGCUAAUAGCAUCAUUAUUACUCCAGGCUACGGUCUCUGUGCGGCCAAGGCGCAGUACCCCAUCGCCGACCUGGUCAAGAUGCUCUGCGCCCAGGGCAAGAACGUCAGGUUUGGAAUCCACCCCGUGGCCGGCAGGAUGCCUGGCCAGCUUAAUGUGCUGCUGGCAGAGGCCGGGGUGCCAUACGAUAUUGUGCUGGAAAUGGACGAGAUCAACCAUGAUUUCCCAGACACUGAUUUGGUCCUUGUCAUUGGAGCUAACGACACUGUCAAUUCGGCGGCUCAGGAAGACCCCAACUCUAUUAUUGCAGGCAUGCCAGUUCUCGAGGUCUGGAAGUCAAAGCAGGUCAUUGUCAUGAAGAGGUCCUUGGGCGUUGGCUACGCCGCAGUGGACAACCCCAUCUUCUACAAACCCAACACGUCCAUGCUUCUGGGCGACGCCAAGAAGACGUGUGAUGCCCUGCAGGCAAAGGUUCGAGAAUCAUAUGAGAAGUAACUUUCAGAGGUGACGCUGUUGUCUAAGGAAGCCACCUCUCCAGUCAUGGGAACAGGUGACGCGAGUGUCACUAGAAACAGCCGAUACACAUCUGGGGCAAAGCUCUUGGAAGAUAAGGAAGGCCCUGAGGAAAGCAAAGCAGACUCAGGGGGACUUUUCAAGAGCAACUAUCCCUCAGUUUUAAAAAAGGAUCGAAAAUUCUAAAUAUCUUUCUGUGCAUAUUUUUUUGGUGUUAUGAAUAAAGAGUAUUUUCUAAAAGGAGAAAGAGCAGCCUCAUUUUGUAUGUAUUCAAUUUGGAUUUUUAAAAAUUCCUGCUCAGUAGCCAGUAACGUUUUAAGAAAUUAAGUCUAGGAUUUGAAGAUUUAACCCAACCUGGAUCUGAAAAAUCCAAUGCGGCGUAAACAUCACAGGCACCUGUGUUUAUGGUUUUUCAACAAAUGUGACUAAUUUGAAACUUUCAUCGACUCCUGAGCCACCUCUGACCCCUAACCGUAAUCUGGAUCAUCCAUAUCACACUGGCUUCAGUUUUCCAGACUGUGCUUUCAAUUGUAGAUUUCUGGGGUGUGUUUUCUCACUUCUACUUUAAUUACUACAUUGAAGGAUGAGGUGAUCUUCCAGCGAUGCUGGAAGCAGUUAAAUCAUCCGCUUUGUGUGUUUCAUUAGAACACCAGUGAAACAUAAUGUGAAAUCAGUAUUAGUUGUAUUUUUUAAAACCCCAUUUGUAAUUGGAGCCCUCUUUAAUUUCAAUCAGUUUAUAAUGUGUAGUACUAUACUAAAGUGCACUUGAAUGGAAUUCAACUAUUUGCCUAAUAAAAUGAGUUCAUUAUGUUUGCA